AUGAGCAGCACAACCAACGAUACCAGUCUGACAGACUUCCCUCUAGAUAUCUUCGGUCAAAUACCCGCUCUCAAAAGCUACACCAACAUCUCCAGUAUCUACUCUGUCCCCGAUGCUUCCACCAAGUCAUCCAUCGUCGACACUCUCACCCACGGUCUCGAGCGCCUGGCCGCGAGCUUUCCCUGGGUGGCAGGUCGAGUGGUUGUCGAAGACAGCGCAGAGGAUAACACGGGGGUGUGCAAGAUCAAGCCAUUCGAAAAGACCCCUCGCUUUGUUGUGAAAGACUACCGGGAUGACGCUUCGACGCUGUCCAUGAAUAGCCUCCGGGAUGCUCGAUUCCCCCUGGGCAUGCUGGAUGAAUCCAUCCUCGCCCCUAUCAGCACCUUACCAGCCGAGACUGAAUUCCUCGACGGACGUCCCGUCUUCAUGGUCCAAGCCACCUUCAUCGCUGGCGGUUUAAUCCUAACCUUUUCCGGCGAGCAUCGCUCAAUGGACAUAACCGGCCAAAACCAGAUCAUCCACCUCCUAUCCAAAGCCUGCGCCAACGAUCCAUUCUCCCCCGACGAGCUCUCCGUCGGCAACAUGCCCCGGUCCAACAUCAUCCCCCUCCUCAACGACCCCGACUCCCACCUUCCCACCUCCCAACCGCCCCAUCCCCCAGCAUCGGAGCCCUCUCCCCCCAUCCCCAACGCCACCUGGGCCUGCAUCAACUUCCCCUCCUCCUCCCUCACCAGCCUCAAAUCCCUCGCCAACGAGUCCCUCCUCACCCCCUACAUCUCCACCGACGACGCCCUCAGCGCCUUCAUCUGGCAAUCCGUGCUGCGCGCACGCCUCCCCCGCCUCGCACCCAGCACCUCAUCCACCCUCCUGCGCGCCAUCGACCUCCGCCCCUUCCUCGACAUCUCCCCCCUCUACCCAGGCGUCCUCAUGACCGUAACCCCCAGCACCGCCCCCCUCCGCCAGCUAACCACCCACCACCAACCCCUCGGCCACACAGCCUCCUCUCUCCGCGAAUCCAUCCACCCAUCCAACCUCGCUGCCACGGCCCUUGCCUUCGCCACCCACCUGCACCGCACCCCCGAUAAAAGCCGCGUGCCGUUCGCCCCGAACCUCAACCCCUCCGCGAACCUCAUGUUCAGCUCGUGGUCGAAGAUCGGGCUCUACGGGUUGGAUUUUCAUUUGGGACUGGGGGCGCCCGAGGCGGUGAGACGGCCGAGGCUGUUUCCGGUCGAGGGGUUGGUGUAUGCGAUGCCGAGGGACAGGGAGGGCGGGAUUGCGGUGCAGGUUUGUUUGAGGGAUGAGGAUCUGCUGAGGUUGUGGGGGGAUGGGGGGGUUGGGCAGUAUGCGAUGUAUAUUGGGUGA